GGGCGCGGGGCCGGCGCAGGAGGUGAGUCCCCCCACCGUCCCCCGGCCGGGCUGCGGGUAGCGGGGCAGGUGCAGGAGGCGAGUCUCCCAUCACCACCCCCGGGUCAAGCGAGCUCCCUCGGGCCGCUCCGUCUUGGCGGCUCCUGGGCGGGCGAGGCGCAGUGCCGCGGACUCCAGCCCAAGAAGAGGCCGGGGAAGGGCGCUCCUGGGCGGCUUGCGGGCCGGCAGUUGGAGACGAUGGUGGACCACUUGGCCAACACGGAGAUCAACAGCCAGCGCAUCGCGGCGGUGGAGAGCUGCUUCGGGGCCUCGGGGCAGCCGCUGGCGCUGCCAGGCCGAGUGCUGCUGGGCGAGGGCGUGCUGACCAAGGAGUGCCGCAAGAAGGCCAAGCCGCGCAUCUUCUUCCUCUUCAACGACAUCCUGGUGUAUGGCAGCAUCGUGCUCAACAAGCGCAAGUACCGCAGCCAGCACAUCAUCCCCCUAGAGGAGGUCACACUGGAGCUGUUGCCGGAGACGCUGCAGGCCAAGAACCGCUGGAUGAUCAAGACGGCCAAGAAGUCUUUCGUGGUGUCGGCCGCCUCCGCCACGGAGCGCCAGGAAUGGAUUAGCCACAUCGAGGAGUGCGUGCGGCGUCAACUGCGGGCCACGGGCCGCCCGCCCAGCACGGAGCACGCGGCACCCUGGAUCCCCGACAAGGCCACGGACAUCUGCAUGCGCUGCACGCAGACGCGCUUCUCUGCCCUCACGAGGCGCCACCACUGCCGCAAGUGCGGCUUCGUGGUCUGUGCUGAGUGCUCACGCCAGCGCUUCCUGCUCCCGCGCUUGUCCCCCAAGCCCGUGCGCGUCUGCAGCCUGUGCUACCGUGAACUGGCCGCCCAGCAGCGGCAGGAGGAGGCGGAGGAGCAGGGCGCAGGGUCCCCAGGGCAGCCAGCCCACCUGGCCCGGCCCAUCUGCGGAGCGUCCAGUGGAGACGACGAUGACUCCGACGAGGACAAGGAAGGCAGCAGGGACGGCGACUGGCCCAGCCGUGUGGAGUUCUACGCCUCGGGCGUGGCCUGGUCUGCCUUCCACAGCUGACCCCCGGCCUGCAGAACAUCUGUCCCCAAGCCAGCUCCACUGCCCAGGCCCCCAAGAGGGCAGCUCCAGAAGCUGCCCAGGGCUCCCGGACCCCACCCCAUGGUGGCAGGCGCAGCGGUGGGGAGUGGCUCUUUCUGGACUCCCAGUGCCUUUUUGCUGGACACGGUGUCCUUAUGGCUUCACUGCAGGUAAUGCCUUUCCCUUCGGGAAGCCCCAGAACACCCAGACCUCUUGGGAACAAAUGCCACCUCCCACUCUGCAGGCUGCAGCGGCAGCUCCAGAUGGCCUCCUGAGCUGGACGACCCCAGGUCUCCAGACAUCUAGGGACCAGAGCAGGUUUCAGAACAUAGAGGGAAGACAAGACGGGAGUGUAGUCACAGAACCCACCCACACCCCAAUAAGCACACCCCACUGAAGAGCCUGAGUCCCGGGAGGCCUCCUGGAAGCCCAGGCCUGCCCGCCCAUCACGCUGGUGCCCACCGCCUGGCUGGCCAAGCCCUGCCAAUCAGACAUGUGGGCUCCUCGAAGCCCAGCCAGAGACUGCCAUGCUGUGGGUGCCACCAGGCCCAGGGACUGCAGCCUGAGCUCCCUGAGGCCCAGGGCAGCCGGGUGAGGACUCUGUCUUGUGUCACCUCUCUCCAGGUGUCCAGCUGUCUCGUGCCUUUUUGUCCUGUCCUCAGCUCUCCCUGUGGUCAGUGAAACCAGUGUUUUCUGUUAGGACUCAGUUGCAAGAACAGAAACCCUGCCCACACUUAAUAAUAAAAAAGAAAGUUUGUUGAUGGUUGGUUGCAAAA